AUGAGUAAGAGCUCAUGCGAGAUAGCAUGUCUGGUGGAAGACCCAGUGACGAAACGACAGCAUCCUCGCGACUACGUCAGUACACUCGAGAAUAGAAUCGCUCAACUGGAGCUGGCGCUCGUCCAGGGCUCAUAUGUUUCGCCCACAUCGGGUACAGACCGUGACGAAACGCCUGCUAACGAAGAAUCACGCCCUCAACGCGAGAACAACUCGACAUUCGCAGAGAGUCUUGCCACGCUGGGACUCAACGCCAGCGGAAACGAAAAGCGAUACUUGGGCCAGUCAUCUGUGGUCUCUUUCUCACGGAUCAUCAGCUCUUCCUUACUCAAGGCUGCACCCACCAAAAUUCACGACGUUGGCUCGACCUCUACCGACUUGGACGUGCAUCAAUUCCCGUGCCUUUUACCCGAUCUCAACUCUGCUCGCCUUCUUAGUGAUGCUUACUUCCGUUCCAUUCAGCAACAAUACCCUUUCUUGCACGAGCCAACCUUCAGGGCCUGGGAGUCUGACCUCUUCGUGCCUGGCAAAGAGCUGGUCGACUCGGAUCGAAUUCCUCUGUUCUUUCUCUAUGCGGUCUACGCCACUGCUGCAAUAUUGCUGCCUAACAGCAGCUACGAUUCGAAGGCAAGCUACCCAGCUCUAUAUCGAUCACGUGCUUCCCUUGGACAAUCUCGAGUCGAUCCAGGCCUUGCUUUGCUGCGCAGUGUACUCCUUGCGGGCGGCAGAGGGACCUUCGAUCUGGAAACUGUCUGGACUUGCGCUAAGGCAGUGUGUCGAUCUUGGAUGCAGAGGCGAGCCUUCUGGACAGCAUUCACCAUUGACUGCUCGCAGUCAACCACUCUGGGAAGGCCUCUGGGCGUUCCAGUCCACGAGGUGAACGCAGAAUAUCCGCUUGAUCUAGAUGAUGAGCACAUCAUUGACACAGGUGUGCUCCGACCUCCCAGAGCGUCCCAUCAAGAUCCACCAACCUCAAUGUCCGUGGCUAUUCAUGUCUUUAAGAGUCGGUUCCUGUGGGCUAGAAUACAUACCGAGCUAUUAUCAGACAUGGCGGCAGAAUUCUCUGGCAGGGAUGAGAGGAUCCUCAGAAUGCGCGCUGAACUCGAAGAGUGGAUGGCAACACGGCCACCCGUACCUGCCCACUCAGUCAAAGCUCUCGUCCUAUUUGGCUGCGAAGACUGGUUCACGACAAAUUAUGCCUUCUCGAUCCUACUACUGUAUCGGACCCAGCUGACUGAACCUCAUCCAUCGGAUCAGUCUUUCUAG